CCAAAUUCCAAUUUCCUUUCCCAAAACAUCUAACGUAGAAUAUUCAAGAUUGUGAUGUAGAAAUCAAACUCCAGACGUUUCUCACAAUGGAUUAGAUCUGACUUCACCAUCUCCACACACUUCAAUAACCUUGUUUUCAUGCAUAACAUUAUGGAAAAUGCUCAUCUACAUAUCAUGGAUAUAAUAUGUCCACCAAAGGUCUCGUGAUCUUUGAACUUAUUUAUGAUAUGUUAAUCUCCUACCAACAUAUUCAUGUAGUAUGUUAAUUUUCUGUCACAUCAACUAGUGAACAUAUUAAUUCGUACUCACCGGUGGAUAUCAAAUGCAACCGUUUCUUUCAUUAUAUACUAACUUCAAAUAUAGUAAUAAACAAAAUAAACUUUGCAACUCAAUUCGAUUUCCAUGUGAGUCGAAAGAAAAAAAGAAAGGAAAAAAAAGAACUAAUGGGUUCCCAGCAAGAUGAGGAAACAGCGCCAAAACCACUCGAAAUCCCCAAAAAGCCCUCCAUUUCCCGCCACAAUUCCCCUUUAGUCCAGGUCAUUCUCAUCGGGCUUGUCUGCUUCUGCUGCCCGGGGAUGUACAGCGCCCUUGUCGGCAUGGGCGGCGGCGGCCAGGUCGACCCCACCGCCGCCAACAACGCCAACACCGCCCUCUACGCCGCCUUCGCGGUUUUCGGCGUCCUCGGCGGCGGAAUCUACAACAUCCUCGGCCCCCGCCUCACCUUGCUCUGUGCCUGCCCGACCUACCCUCUGUACGCCGCCUCCUUCCUCUACUACAACCACCGCCACCGCCAGGAAUUCUCCAUCGUCGCCGGAGCCCUCCUCGGCGUCGGCGCCGGCCUCCUGUGGGCCUCCCAAGGCGCAAUCAUGACGUCGUACCCUUCCCGAGGUAAAAAGGGCAUCCACAUAUCAAUAUUCUGGAGUAUUUUCACCAUGGGCGGCGUAAUCGGUGGUUUGAUUCCGUUCACACUGAAUUUUCAUAGAAACGAGGCUCUUUCCGUGAAUGACGGUACGUAUAUCGCUUUCGUGGUGUUCAUGUCGAUCGGGACAUUGCUGUCCCUAUCCAUUUUGCACCCGGGUCGGGUCGUCCGGGAUGACGGGUCCCACUGCACGAAAAUCGAGUACUCGAGCGUGCGGGUCGAGGCCCGCGAAAUCCUGAAGCUGUUUCUCGACUGGAAGAUGCUGCUGAUGGUGCCGGCCUUUUGGGCGAGUAAUUUCUUCUACAGCUAUCAGUUUACCAAUGUGAACGGCGUUUUGUUUAACCUCAGGACAAGGGGUUUGAACAACGUGCUGUAUUGGGGUGCGCAGAUGAUUGGGUCUGUGUGUAUCGGUUUUGUGAUGGAUUUUAGUUUCAGAAGCAGGCGGGCCCGCGGGCUGUUUGGUGUUGGGCUUGUGGCCGUACUUGGGACGGCUGUUUGGGGUGGUGGGCUUGUGGAGCAGCUUAACUAUAGCCGUGUUGAAUUGCCAGACCGGAGGCUCGAUUUUAUGGAUGGCGGCAGUUUUGCGGGCCCGUUUGUGCUCUACUUUAGUUAUGGGCUGCUCGAUUCAAUGUUUCAGAGCAUGGUGUAUUGGGUGGUUGGUGCAUUAGCUGAUGAUACCGAGAUUCUUAGCAGGUACAACGGGUUGUUUAAGGGAGUGCAGAGUGCUGGAGCUGCUGUUUCUUGGCAAGUAGACACGCAGAAAGUACCAUUUCUAAACCAACUCAUAACUAAUUGGGCUCUCAUGACGGUAAGUUAUCCUUUGUUGGCUUUGCUGAUCAUACUAGCUGUUAAAGAUGAUGAAAUUGAAGAGAAUUCUAAGGAAGGUGGUAAGAUCCAAGGAACCCAUUGAUACUAGUGUACGUCAAGUUAGACUCUUCAAAGGAAAAGUUUUCAGUCGAGAAAUUUUAGCAUAAUAGCUACUAUGAACUCCAUUUAUCCGCACUAAUAUCUGCAUUACUUUUAACAAAUGUUGAAUUAUAAGGAAUUUGUCUUGAUUAAUACUCCAUGAGAGAAGUAUUGCUUUUUUUAAAAUAAUGUAGUAUGGUUAGCUGUUAGUG